UAAGUCGGUGCUGUUUGGUUUGCUUCAUGUUGUAGUCUAAUAUAAGGUUUAUAAGUACAAUAAAACAUUGCAUCUAUAUUCUGGAGGACAGAAUACAAGGGCUACAUUAGAUGUAGGUUAAUUAUGUGAUAUCUAAGCACUCUCCCUCCGGAUGUGUCGUUAGUCAAACAGACUGUGACCGGAGCUGGCGGACACCGGGGGAGUCGGAUUUCCCUUCAUAUCACACAGGAUUCUCGCGGCAACACGAGACCAGCAAACCCCAGAGUUCAUCAUCGUCAUCAUGUCGGUGGCGUCCUCCCUCCAGUUAUGCAGGCUCAUGCGGCCAGACGACGCAAACAUCGUGGGCAACGUCCACGGCGGCAUCAUCCUCAAGAUGAUCGAGGAAGCUGGGGGCAUUGUCAGCACGCGACACUGCAACACACAGAGCGGGGACCGUUGUUUGGCGGCUCUGGUUCGGGUGGAGAAGACAGAGUUCCUGUGCCCCAUGUUCAUCGGCGAGGUCGCCCAUGUCUCCGCAGAGAUCACGUACACCUCCAAGCACUCACUGGAGGUGCAGGUCAACGUCAUGGCUGAGAACAUCCUCACAGGUGCCAAAAAGCUGUCCAACAAGGCAGCGCUGUGGUACGUCCCCUGCUCUCUGCAAAACGUCGACAAAAUCACGAAGGUGCCGCCAAUUAAGUAUGCAAGUGAAGACCAAGAGGAGGAGGGCAGGAGGCGCUAUGAGGCUCAGAAGAUGGAGAGACUGGAGACAAAAGCAAAGAUUGAAGAAGUGGUGCCAAUGCCACCCAACCCAGAGGAUCCACAGAAAGAGCAGUACACUGUUGGCUUUAGCCAGUCCAGCCUGAUCCAUUUGUUGGGUCCUUCUGACUGCACGCACAACUACGUUCAUGGAGGUGCUACCAUGAAGCUGAUGGAUGAGGUUGCUGGCAUUGUGGCAGCUCGGCACUGCAACACCAAUGUUGUCACAGCCUCUGUCGACGCCAUCAACUUCCAUCGCAAGAUCAAGAAAGGCUGCGUGGUGACGGUGACUGGGCGGCUCACAUUUGUCAGUAACAAGUCUAUGGAAAUUGAAGUGUUGGUAGAUGCUGCUUCGCUGGUGGAGGCAGAGGGAGGGAAAUAUCGUGCAGUCUCGGCCUUCUUCACCUUCAUCUCCCUGGAUAAGUUCAAUAAGCCUCUGCCCGUUCCUCCUCUUAAGAUUCAAGGAGAGGAAGAGCAGAGACGUUUUGAGGAGGGCAAAGCACGGUACCUCCAGAAUAAAGCAAAGAGACUUGCAGAUAAGGAGCGCCAACAGUGAUGCUGCUGCCUGCGAGAACAGGAUAUCAACUCUGCACAACACAUGUCUAGUAUGAAGGAAAUAAAAGCCCUCUCUCCUGUUCUAUAAUUGUAGCCUCCUGUAGCCUAAACCUGUGAUUAUUCUCUUCUGUGCUAUGCACCAAAGUGUCUACUUUCUGCUGUAUAUGUAGGUAACAGUACAUACUUUAUUUUGGGGAGAUUUUAAUUAGUGUAUGAAGAAUAUUCAUGUUCAGUGCAAAGUAACAUCUGACUAUGUAGAUUCAGUGUCAGAAUAUGUUAUUAAUCCCAAUAGGGUAAUUUAUUUAUGCAGACUACUUACUAAGAGAAAUGAGAGAAAUAACAUAAUCAACAUAAUCAUCAAACAACAACAACAAGCAGUGACAACAGCACAGAUUAGCAGCUAGUAAGAAGAAGGAGGCACUUCCCUGAUGCAGUGGGGGAGGCUGCACGUUGGCUUACGUCAGCAUUCAGUAGCCUGAUUGCAGAGGGAAUAAAGAAAUUUGCAUAUCUAUUUGUUUUCCGGGCUGGUGCAUAAUAGCACUGACCUGAAGGCAUAAUUACAAAUUCCUUGAUCAAGCUGUGGUCAGGCUGACUUAAUAUCCUCUCUGCUUUCUUGACCACUUGCCUCCUCCAAAGUGAACACAGGUUUUUUUUGUUGAACUUCAGUAAUCUUGGAGCAGACCAUAACAAUAUUUCACAGGCCGGCCCUUGUAUCAGCACACAAAUGAAAAUGUUUAAGACUCACAAUAAGAGUAUGAUUAAAAAUGUACAUAAAAUUACCUUGCAUACCCCAAAUGAGUUCAACUUCCUAAGCAAAUGGAUUCACUGGUGACCUUUGUUUCUGAAAUCUGUAAUAAGUUUGUUUGUUUUAGCCACAUUUAAGUCAAUUGUCAUCACACCAUUUAACAAAUUCGGGAAGAGUACAGCCAUGGUCAAAUUAGUGGCCCAGGAGAAGAAACAACCAGAGCACUGUUUUGCUUUAAGAAGACUUCUGAGAAUAAAGACUUCAUGAUAAAUGCCAGUGCAAAGCGAUAGUUUGAGCACGAGGAAAAUGAUGAAUAAGUGACUAAAUAAUAAUGAAUAAAAGAUCUGAGCGUGAGUCUGAUGCUCUCGCCUUGUGUCCUUGCUCAUUUGAUGAUGAUGUCAUUGUCUUGGCAGAGAGGGCACACGUUAUCCAUCUUUUGAGCACUGUGUUUUUUUUUUUGAGGAGAAAUUAGAGGAGCUUGGGGGCUUUGACUCGCCUCUCCCCCACAUCCCCUGCCUCAUCCCCCAUCCUUUGCUUCCUCUUUGUCUGUUGCACUCUUGACUCCAGUAUUUGUGCUGCCUUACCAUGCUCCCCUUUCCUUCUCAUCGUGUCCUCAUCUAUCUCCAGUCUUUUGCUCCUCUCAGUCACUCUCUUUGUCCCUCUGUCUCCUCCAUUCUUCUCCCUGGCUCUCUCUUUCUUUGUCUUCAGAUAAGAUAUGAUGAGGACUCCUCUCAGCCUGAUAGGAGCCAGAACUGGGACAAAAUGUGUUCUGUAUGUGCAUCUAUUUCUUUGUAUGUGUAAUGGUUUUCUGUGCGUACUCGCAAAGAAGGACCACAAGGAUAAAUCGGGGCCAGCAGUAGCCAGUGAGAAAUCAGUAUACAUAUAAUCGUGCCAGGACUGAAACACUUAUUAAUCUGUCUUUAAAAAGAAAAACAACUCUUGUUCAAAUAUUUAGCAGGACUGGUUUUUCAUUUCUGUAACACUCUUAGUCUUCAACCUGAUUUUUAUCAGUACCUGGACAACUCUGCAACAGAUGGCAAGGACUAAUUUGAAAACCACAUGAAAUUAAAAGAUGAAAGCCCAGACAGAGAGAGAGCUCUGUGAAGACUAGAGAGCUGCAGGUCUGAACAUAAACAAAAUGCCUUCUUGUUUAGGCCAUUGUUUUUCCUCACUCUGUUUUUCAUGCAAGACAAACCGAUUUGGCACUGGAUCUUGAAGGUUAUUGUUUUAUUUGUUUGGCCCUCCAGCAUAAUCCAAAUAUAUGUGAUUUUCAUUUCCCCUCUGAAAAUAAAGUUAGGCUCAAGCUGCACUGGGGGGAUAUUAUACUGUAUAUCUAACCCCAGUGAAGUCGAGGUGUCCUGUGGGAAGAGAAGAGCACAGGGACAUCUUAGAUGGUAAGACCCCUGGGAUAUAUGAGCUUACUGAAAAGAGCAUCUGCCUGAUACAAUAUCAGUACAGGCAUGUUACAUUCAAAACCAAGUGUCAUUUCUAACCCUUAACAACUAUGUUCUUUACUGUCUUCAGCCCUUUCAGCUGGUAGCAUCUGACUUUUGUACAUACAGACACAAUAUGGUAACCAUGGUUCUGUGGAAAAGACUUGAAAUGGAAGCAAUGGCAUUAUCAUAGAUAGAUGUGGAAACAAAAAUGUUGACAUCUGUUUUAAGUUACAACAUUGAAGUCCCCAGUUUUGGUGCCUGAUCACAUAGGUGAGAUAUACUCAGAACACUUGAGACAACGUACAGUCUCUGGA